CACCUCACCAAAAUAGUUGUUCAGCUGCUGCUAAUUAUGUCCCCUCGCCAGUCAAAUGCUUCUGGAUCCUCUCCCGGUUUCUAGCAAUAUCAGAAUCAAAUCCCUUCUCCAGCCACUACUGCUUCAUCCAUCCAUUAAUUAAUUAAUUAAUUAGUGUUCCCUUGCUCCUCUGUACAUAAUCAACCAGUUAGACCAACCAAUUGCGGAAAGAAAGAAAAACUCCCCACAAUGAAACAUGAUGAGGUAGAAGAGAGCCAGUCACAGACACAGUCAGUCCACUUUGCUCGUUUUUCUUCCCUAACUUGAAGAGGAUAUAUCAUAUCAUAUCAUAUAUCUGGUGGCUCUUGGUGUCCUCAGGAAUCCCUCCCACUCCACACAGCAGCAUUCAUGGCAUCAAUGGCGACAAAGGGCAGUUCCAUUUCAGGGAGGGAUUUCUGCUGCCACGUGCCCAGAGGCAUUCAUAUCCCAUCUCACCGCCACAGGAGCAAAAGGCUGUCCAUCAUUAGAGCAAAUUCCAGAAGCAAUCCACAGAGCUUGGACUUGAACAAGGUGAAUGGGAAGAAGGUGAAUGGGAGCCCCAGAGUAGUGGAGGGAGGAGCUCCGUUUGAUUUUGAUAGUCACAAAGUGGAUCACCAGAGUCCCCAUAGCUGCCUGAUGGGAAGAUUCGUGGAGGACAGGCUGGUGUACAGGCAGAGUUUCAUCAUCAGAUCCUAUGAAAUUGGACCCGAUAAAACUGCUACGAUGGAGACAUUGAUGAAUCUCCUCCAGGAGACAGCUCUGAACCACGUGUCGAGCUCUGGGAUAGCAGGAGAUGGGUUUGGCGCCACGAGGGAGAUGAGCCUCCGGAAGCUGAUUUGGGUUGUCACUCGCAUCCACAUUCAAGUGCAGAGCUAUAGCUCCUGGGGCGAUAUCGUGGAGAUCGACACGUGGGUGGAUGCGGCAGGGAAGAACGGGAUGAGAAGAGACUGGAUCAUUCGAGACUUCAAUACCAAACAGAUCAUCACCAGAGCGACAAGUACCUGGGUGAUCAUGAACAGAGAAACCAGAAGGCUGUCGAAAAUCCCAGACCAGGUCAGGGAGGAGCUGGUUCCCUACUACAUUAACAGAGUCGCCAUCGCUGCUGAGGAUAACGACUUGGACAAAAUCGACAAGCUUUCCGACGAGACGGCCGAACGAAUUAGGCCCGAUUUGGCUCCAAGGUGGAGCGAUAUGGACGCUAAUCAACACGUCAACAACGUCAAAUACAUUGGGUGGAUUCUGGAGGUAGCCAUCAAUUCAUUACUCAAACCUCUCUCAAUGAUAGAAACUUGGGUUUGAUAUUUGGAGAUUAGGGUUUAUACGAACAGAAUUAGGGAUUUGAGAAAAAGAAGAAGAUAGGGAAUCGGGAAAGAAGAAGAACAGAAUCGGCCUAGGCCUUAGAGGGAUUUAGAACGAGAAUUGAGAGGAUAGGGAGAUUAGGGUUUGGAAGCUUUUCUUUAAUAUUCUUCUUAUUUUCGAAUAGAUGAAUAACAACGUA